UACCGGUUGCUUGCUGCCUGCUGCAGCGGAGUGCAUUGUUUGUGUCAGGAACAUGGGGGAAGCCGAGGCCAUUCCCGCGGACGAGAAACAGGCUGAUUCUGGCCUUGGUCCUACUGAUGAGUCGGUAAUAUGGAACCAGGAGGUGGAAGUAUGCCUUUUCCAUGCUAUGCUGGGUCACAAACCCGUUGGUGUGAACCGUCACUUUCACAUGAUCUGCAUAAGGGACAAGUUCAGUCAGAACCUUGGUCGACAGGUGUCCUCGAAAGUCAUCUGGGAGCACCUUAGCACCAUGUAUGACAUGCAAGCGCUGCAUGAGUCUGAAAUCUUGCCUUUUCCUAAUUCUGAAAAAGCCUUUGCGCUACCUGAUGAGAUCAUUCAAGACGUGAAGGAAGGAGGAAAGCCGCGCUCAGAAGAUGACGUGAAGGAGGAGUUCAAAGAGGAGAAUGAACCAACUGCUGUGCAUGAAGAAGGCAGCAACUCUUCCUCGACGAAGACAGCGACCGAGAAGCCGAGCGUCCGGGAGAAGGAGGGGGGGCGCGAGCGGCCCGAGAGGGGCCAGGGUGAGGCGGCCGCGCAGCCCAAGGAGGUGGUGGGGGAGAAGAGGAAGAGGAACCGGGCCACCGAGAAGGUGCUCAGCUCCAGCAACCCCUCCAGCCCCGGCGGGGUGAAGCGCCGGCGGACGUAAGGUGUUGUCGCCGGGUCAGCUGCCGUGCCGUCCACCCUCCCUCCCAGCGAUGGAUGGGUGGCCUCCACGACGAUGGACGUUAUAAACCCCGAAAGCCGGAGAUAAAGGAACGUCAAGUGUCAGGACGAAGUUGUGUGCGGGAAGAGAGAGAGAAAUAAAGGGGAGAGAAAAGAUGGAGAACAUGGGGUUGGCUUGCUGGAGCAACAGGUCUGUUGGCUGUUGAAGAAAAAGAAGAGCAGAGGAACUGAUAAACGCUGGAGAGGUUUCACAACCUGUCUAACCCUUGUGAAGGGUCAUUGAGAAUUGAUGUUCUAAAUCUAAAAGAUGUUCUAAAGGUUGAAAAUGGAGAACCGUCCAUGGCAAGCUGGCAGAACCACUGGAGAAAUGCUUGACCAGAGAAACAGGACAUGGGAGAUCUUUGCGUCAGUCUGGGUUGCUUGGGAACAUUUGAUUUGUCUUGGAAAUAUGGAACUGGCUCACAUUCAUCAAGGACACCAUUUUGCAAUUUCCUACCUGGAGAUUUGAAGCUUUCUUGUUAAUUUAAUGCCAUUUUAUUACGCUUUGGAUUGCUGGUCCUCUUUUCUGAAAGCUGACUCAAAAGAAUCUAAAAAAACUGGUGACCAUCUCUCCUUGUUUUAGCAAUGAACUAUACAACAGAAGGAUCUAUUCUAGACUAUUACCCGCUGGUGGUGAUCUUCAGCUUCUUGAGUUUGAAGCAAGCUUGUUAAGUCACAAAGGCCAUGCUCAAUCAAAGCAUAGUGUAGUGGCCCUGGUCCUAUUCUGUAAUGUGUUUUGUGUUUUUAAAAUCUGUUUAUGUUUUUUUUUAAUUCCCUAUGUGUAGUGUGGCUGUCCACCCAUAUAGAGCUCCAAUUGGUCAUGUUUGUCACACGCAGCUGCACUAACCUUUUUUCUGUUUUCAUAAUACCAUUAAUUAACAAGAAGUAAGUGUCAGAGUCCCUGUCGGGUUUGAAUAGUACUGCGAGCUGUGAUUGCAUAUGGGCAGCUAGUUAUUGCCAGUACACAGCUUGUGAGUUCGUGUAGCGCAACGAGAUGUUUUCUGUUUGUAAAGAAUGUCUGGAUAUUGUCCUGUCCAAAAGAUAGCCUAGAGAUGUGUUAAAAAUGUAGAAUUGCUAAUGGUAACGUUUUAUGUUUUGGGUAAUUGCAGCUCUUUUUUUUUGUGCCUUUUUUAUGAAUGAUUUCUUUCUUUUUUAACUUAUUCUGCCUACCCAUUGUGUUUAAAGGUUGACUAUGCCUUUAUUAAAAUCAUCUUUGGAAUGGC